GAUUUCGUCGCUUCACUGAAACGUCCCCGCAAGGCUAUCAUCCUAGUUCCAGCCGGUGCUGCCACGGAUGCAGUGAUUGAGGACUUGGCGGCCCUGUUCCGGAAGAACGACAUCAUCAUCGACGUCGGCAAUGCGAACUUUCGCGAUCAAAUCCGGAGGGCCGAGAGCUUGGAGAAGCGCGGCCUGCGUUUUCUUGGCAUGGGUGUCAGCGGCGGCGCGGAAGGUGCACGCAAGGGGCCGGCAUUUUUCCCAGGAGGAACACUGAGUGUUUGGAAUGACGUGAAGCACAUCAUCGAGUUGGGCUCAAGAAACAUUUUUCCUGGCUGUCUAUACAUUCAAAUGGCGACUUCAGAUGAACCCGCGGAUGGCGACAAGAGCGAUCAGGUUGUGAAACAUUGGCUCAAGGAAUACCGCAAAUCCUUGGAGCGGAUGACUGCCGUCGACGGACCUUUUCCUCUUGCAGAGGAGGAUGUGCAGCAUUAUGGUACCUCCCAGCGAUAUCGGUGCUGGCAGAAGGGGCCCAAUAGUAUAGUUCACCACACGCUCAGGGAGCUCUAUGGUGACUGCUUUGCCCGCUACUCUGACAAGGAGUUCUUGGUUUACGAAGGUGAGCGCUUCACCUUCAGCCAGGCGAUGGAAAUCUCAGUUGCGCUCUCCCGAGCGCUUCGACACAACUACGGCGUGCAGCGAGGAUCAUGCGUGGCGAUUGCGGGCCGCAAUUUUCCGGAAUGGGUUUUCACCUUCGUGGCCGUUACCAGUCACCUUGGUGCUGUUGCUUUGCCGGUCAAUGCAUGGUGGACUGGCAACGAGCUCAAGUAUGGUUUGGAGGACUCGCAGAGCUGCUUGCUUGUGGCUGACAUGGAGCGACUGGAGCGCGCCCCGUUCAUUUCCAGCAUGGGAAUACCAGCCGUGUGCAUGCGUGCUGGAUCCACGGUGCCACCGUAUGGUGCUGAACGCUUUGAAGAGGUCGUUAUCGCGGGCCAGAAACUGCAACCACUGAACACUGCGGCCUUGACACAAGAUGAUCGAGCGAUGCUCAUGUACACCUCUGGAACGACCGGCAUGCCGAAGGGAGUAGUUUCCACGCACCGCAACAUCUGCUCAGCGCUGAACACAUUGCGAAUGUACUUCGUUCACGAGCAGCCAUUGCGGCAACUGGUCGUCAUUCUCGCUGUUCCGCUCUUUCAUGUGACCGGCUCUCACAUUGCAAUGCUGGCUGCGAUUUGCCGAGGGGACCGGCUCAUUCUCAUGUACAAAUGGAAUGCCACCCGAGCUUUGCAGCUCAUCCAAGAAGAGAAGGUCAACAGCAUCGUUGGGGUGCCGACGAAUACCUACGAGCUGGUCAAUCAUCCUGACUUCAAGAAGUUCGAUACAUCAUCGAUGACGAACGUCGGUGGUGGCGGUGCUGCUUUUGCUGCGCCGAUGAUCAAACGUGUCCGUCAAACCUUCGAGAAAGCUAAAGCUGGCACUGGCUAUGGCCUGACCGAGACGAAUGCAGUCAGCGUCAUCAUGCCCGCAGUCCUUUUCCCUGAACGUCCAACAUCUUGUGGGCUUCCAGUGGUCAACGUCGAUGUUUGCAUUUUGGGCGAGGGCGAUGCCAAAAUGCCCCCAGGAGGAGUCGGCGAGAUUUGCUUACGGGGGCCAGCCAUCAUGCAAGAAUACUGGAGAAAACCUGACCGAACGGCUGAAGCUUUCCAUGUGGAUGAACAUGGAGAGCUUUGGUUCCGAACUGGUGACAUUGGAGCUGUGGAUGAGGAUGACUUCGUGUACAUCAUGGACCGUGCGAAAGACAUCAUCAUUCGAGGAGGGGAGAACAUCUCAGCCAAUGAGGUGGAAACUGCACUUUACGAGCAUCCUGACGUGGCAGAGGUGGCAGCUGUAGGGAUGCCCGACGAUGCGCUGGGAGAGACUGUAGCCGCGGCCAUUGUUUUCCGGAAAGGCAAGAUGCCACCCAAGGAGGAUGAGCUUCGUGCCUUCGCGGCUCAGCGGCUGCCACGCCACAUGGUUCCAAAGGAGUUCUUCUCUUGGCCGGGCGAAGCUCUUCCGAGAGGAGCCACCGAGAAGAUCCAGAAGCGCGCAAUUCGGGCUGACCUUGCGAAGCUGCGGAAGGGCCCUGCUGCGGCUGCCAAAGCAAGCGAUGGGCGACCUUGCGCGACAAUGAACGGAAAGGGUGGUGCUGGAUCCUGCGUGAAGAUGUUCCACAAUGCAGGCGAGUAUGCGGUUUUGCAAAUUUGGGGCGAAGUGCAUGAGGUCUUGAGAGCCUAUGGAGUCGACCCCGACACCCAGGCCAAACUCUUAGAGUCCUGGAAGACCAAGGUGGGUGGUCGCUAU